GGGAAGUUAGGAACAAAAGAAAGUGGUCAAUUCCUGAUCUGCAAAGAAUAGAAGGGACUAGAAAUAUAAAUAGUUUGGACAGAUAUACAAAAGCGGACCAGCGGGUCUGAACAGAAGCUUCGAUUUGUUGGCCAAACUCACACUUUCCUUUUUAGAUUUUUUUUUUUUUUUUUCUAAAAUAUAUUUUUCUUCUACUUUAAACGUGUGAGAGAGAUUUUGCUCAGAAAUUUCAACCUUGUUGCUGUUGAUCCCUAUAUUUUUCGCCGUGAUAGAGAAGAAUCUCAUCUCAUCUCUUUUUCUCUGAAUCCAUUUUCGUGUCCAGAACUCCUCCGCUUGAUCGCUUUGUCUUCUCUUAAUUUAUUUACCCAGUAAGCAAAUAAUCUUUCACUCUGCUAAUUUUUUUUAUCGGUGCAUAUGUUCAAAGUUGCUGUCGGAAUCAUGUCUUUCUCACGUGAAUCACGUUGAUUGCAUCGGCGUUAGAUUGUUGGAGCAUUAUUUUUGAGGACUGUGAAGAAGAUAAAGAAAUGCGUGCACCAUCUUUGCUUGCGCAAUGCUUGCCCGGUUUGCUACCUCAGGACCGUGGCGGUGUGGCUGCACUAUCGGAGAAGGAGUUGCAGCUUCCCACACCAGCUGUUGAGAUCAUACCUUCUAAGACGGCAGCUCAUCAGAGGUAUUCAGGGGAGAACGUAGAUAUGCUCGGUUUACAAGUUUUCAAGGGAAAAGUAAGCGUUUCUGAUAUCAUCGGGCUCUCUGGUUCAGAAACUGCUCCUCUAAAAUACGAAGGCUCUCUGAGAAGUUGGGAAAGUGCUAUUGUUCUUGUUGAUGUCCUUAAAAACGAAAUCCGCGAUGGACAGCUUAGCUUCAGGGGCAAAAGGGUCCUCGAGCUAGGUUGCAAUUAUGGAGUCCCUGGGAUAUUUGCCUGCUUGAAAGGUGCUUCCUCAGUCCACUUCCAAGACCUAAGUGCAGAGACAAUAAGAUGCACAACCAUCCCAAACGUACUUGCAAACCUCGAUCAAGCACGGGACAGGCAAAGCCGUCAGCCCGAGAGCCCGCUCACACCAUCAAGACAAGCUGUCGCUGCAUCUGUCCGUUUCUAUGCAGGUGACUGGGAAGAGCUCCCGACCGUUCUAUCCAUCAUAAGAACCGAUGUCCCUGAACCAGCUAACCAGGGGAUGAGCUUGAGUUUCUCGGAGGAAGAUUUCAUGGACGGAUGUAGCAGCCAAGAUGGGAGCAUUACAGGACAACAAGAUUUCUUCUCGAGGCGAUCAAGGAAGCUGUCGGGAAGCAGGGCGUGGGAAAGAGCGAACGAGACUGAUCAAGGAGGAGAGUGUGGGUAUGAUGUUAUACUAAUGACUGAAAUCCCUUACUCGGUUACUUCUCUGAAGAAACUGUAUUCUCUCAUCAAGAAGUGCCUGAGACCGCCGUACGGUGUGGUGUAUUUGGCGGCAAAGAAGCAGUAUGUGGGAUUCAAUAGUGGAGCGAGACAUUUGAGGAACUUGGUCGAUGAGGAAACUAUCUUAGGAGCUCAUUUGAUUAAGGAAGCUACGGACAGAGAUAUUUGGAAGUUCUUCCUCAAAUAGGUGUAGAAGAACUCACUCAUGUUCCAAAUAUUCUGCAGCUGCAUCAGUUGAAAUACAAAACACUUUUCCCUAUUGUAUAAUGUAAUGCAAUAUCAUUUGAAGUUUUCAUCAUCAUGUCUCCUUUUAUAUUAUCUUGAUGGUUCCUUCAUUUUAUUUGUGGUUUUGCUGUGGAGUCAAAGUUAGAUUCAAAAGUUGGCCAGUAAAUUUAUUUCGAGUCUUCUUCUGUUUGUGCUAUUUUUGUUGUCUAUCUAUUAACUGGAAUUCAUUUGUAUAUAUAGAAUUGAACAUUGGUGCUAGUAUAUAUAUUUAUAAAAGAAAUCAUUAGUCUUAAUCUU